CCACACACAAAUACCGAAAAAUGCUCGCCCGAUCCGCUUUCCGCACUGCUGCUACCCGUACCGUUGCCCGUAACGUCCGCGGCAACGCUUCCUCUACCUCCUCUGGCGCCGAGUUCUUGUCUGAGCGCGCGGCUGUUGAGAAGCACUCUGGGGAGACUGCUGACUUGUGGAGGAAGAUUACCUACUACAUUGCUUUCCCCCUCAUCAUUGUCGGUGCCGUAAACGCCAAGAACCUCUACGAUGAGCACAACGAGCACAUGGCCCACGUCGACAUCACUGAGCAGCCCCAGUACGCUUACUUGAACAUCCGCACCAAGAACUUCCCCUGGGGCGAUGGUGACAAGACUGCGUUCUGGAACGACAAGGUCAACUACCACCCUCAGGAUUAAGUGUUGGGUUCUAUGCAAUGAACUUGAUUGGAUGGUGAUGAUGGGGUUGUACGCAACGAAGUUGAGC